AUGUUCACUACUUCAGAAUAUAGUAUUUUGUUCUUAGGCUUGUCAAAUGACCAGAGGAGGAUUUCAAAUAUUUCUUUUGCAGGUGGAGAUCCAAUGAGGCAGCUAACCAGUGCAGAUGUUAAGCUGUUAUCUCGGCCUUCUGCAUUCGAUGAAGGUCAUACGCUUGUACACUUAGCUAUAAGGUUUGGUCGAGAAGAUUUACUUGCUACAAUUCUAUCUCGCAUGGAUGGUGGGGGCACAGGGGUGAAGCGUGUCCCUCCCUAUGUAGCACCAGACUUGGCUACAGACAUCCGUCGACAUGUUUCCGCAUCAAUUCGCCAGAGAAAAGGGCCAUUCCCUUGUCACUUUGUUUCUGAGCUUGUUACUUUCUCACUACCUGCAGAAAUUGAAGAUUUACCUGUGAGUGUUCAAGAGCAGCUGUUUGAAGAGCUGCUUGAUCGUGAUGCACAGAAGCAGCUGGAAGAGGAUGCACCUAUUAUUAACUGGUCCUUAGAAAUCACAGACAGACUUGGCUCACGACUCUAUGCUCUCUGGAAUAGAACAGCAGGUGAUUGUCUACUAGACUCAAUACUACAGAGUACCUGGGGGGUGUUUGAUCGUGACAAUGUACUUCGUAGAGCUUUAUCUGACAGUCUUUCUGAAGCAUCUCAUCUGUAA